UCGUCUACGAUUCAUGAAAACAUUGUGAAAAACGUGAAAAUUUUCUAUCAGUAACAAUUAUAUAGUAACAAUCCAUCGUCAUUGAGAACACGUUUUAUCACAACAUGGCCGCUGGCCCAAUCGCCGAGCGAAAUCAAGAUGCCACCAUCUAUGUGGGAGGCCUGGAUGAGAAGGUGUCGGACACGAUCCUGUGGGAGCUGUUUGUCCAGGCGGGACCAGUCGUAAACGUGCACAUGCCCAAGGACCGGGUGACUGGCCACCACCAGGGUUACGGCUUUGUGGAGUUUCUAGGAGAGGAGGACGCUGACUAUGCCAUCAAGAUCAUGAACAUGAUCAAGUUAUACGGAAAGCCCAUCCGCGUCAACAAGGCGUCAGCGCACCAGAAGAACCUAGACGUUGGUGCAAACAUUUUCAUUGGCAACCUGGACCCAGAGGUGGAUGAGAAGCUCCUCUACGACACCUUUUCGGCGUUUGGUGUAAUUCUUCAGACACCCAAGAUCAUGCGUGAUCCAGACACGGGCAACUCCAAGGGGUAUGCCUUCAUCAACUUUGCCAGCUUCGAGGCAUCAGAUGCAGCCAUUGAGGCCAUGAAUGGCCAAUACCUCUGCAACCGGGCCAUCACCAUCUCAUACGCCUUCAAAAAGGACUCCAAGGGCGAGCGGCACGGAUCAGCAGCAGAGCGUCUGCUGGCUGCACAGAACCCUCUGGCCCACUCGGACCGACCCCAUCAGCUGUUUGCCGAUGCGCCCCCUGUGGGUGGGCUUCCCCCGCCACCACCUGUGGUUGGUCUCGCUCCUCCUCCUCCCGUGGCCCUGGGAGCAAUGCCACCAGGACCUCCACCCGGAGGUUUGCCAAUGCCACCAUUGCCCACCCUUCCGCCACCACCACCCAUGCCUGGUGGCAUGCCUCCGAUGCCGCCACCAUUCCGACCAAUGCCACCUUUCCCACCCGGUGGACUGCCUCCACCACCGCCACCUUCCAUGGGCAUGCCUCCGCCCCCACCACCCAUGCACCAGCCGCCAUUCGGCAUGAUGCCACCUCCACCAGGAGCACCCCCACCACCAGACCGGAUGCCGCCUCCUCCACCUUCGCAGAUGGGUCCUCCUGGGAUGCCUCCACCAUUUCCUCCUCCGCCUGGCAUGCGGCCACCACCUCCACCACCGCAGUUUGGUCAAAGGCCACCACCACCACCUCCACCAGGAUUCGGCAUGCCCCCUCCUCCUGGUGCACGGCCGCCAUGGCCCCCAGGUCCUCCCGGUGCACCACCUCCGCCGCCACCACCACAGACCAGCCACAGCGGACCGAUGCCACCACCCCCACCACCGAUGCCCUCGGGUCCACCACCACCUCCACCACCACCCACCAGCUCUUGAGGCUCCGUGGUACAAAAUGGGGUGGCUUUGCUUUUGUGCACAUAAUAAAUGGUU